AUGAGCACUGAGAUCCCACCUCAUGUGCUCUACGCCUCUCCAGUUCCACUGAAUGCGCCCAAUGGCGGCCCGAAGGAGCAAACACUUCCACUCAGCUUGAUCGCUCAUGUUAUAUCCUUUGUUGAAGAUGUAGGCGACAUAGCGCGCAUGACGCGAACGUGUCGAUUGAUGUACUACAUGACCCUCCCCGUCCUCUACGAACGAGUCACGCUACGCUCAUAUCCAGAAACUCGCUACGUUGAUGGAAGGCCAGAAGGAUAUGGAAGCGGCAGUCCAUUCGCCAUGGGCCUCAGUGGUCUGGCUUCAGGCAAUUCAGCGCCAUUGGUGAAAGAGUUUACGGUGACAGGAGCAUGGUCAGAGCCGGGCAUCGAUGAAUACAGCAGGGGCAAGAUACCGGACAGCACAAUCAUGCUUGGAAUUGCUCUUCGCGCCGCAAUGGACAGAAUGACCCAUCUCAAGUCCCUCACCUGGGAUCUCGACUCGAAGCCAACCAAGUCGAUAUACCAGGGCUUGGCCCUUCGCCCAACUCUGACGUCGCUGAGCCUACGCUUUCCUCGAACCCGAUCACCCCGUCCUAUCGUACUCGUCCCGCCCAUGCCGAAUCUUCGCAGUCUACGUGUCAGUGACAUCGACCCCCUAUGCUAUCCGGACGACAUAUCAGUACUCAUUCUGAACGCCAAAAAGUUGGACGAUUUGCGCAUUCAUUGGAGUCCUCGUAUGAGGCAGGAGGCCGAACCCAGUAUCAACCUGAGAACAAUCUUCGGCAAGUGCUUGGAAGCAGGAUACAGACUUCGAGUCACACACGUUGGCCUUCAAAACUUCUACGGUCCGAACACAGGCGAUCUGCAGGAGAUAUUCGACUCCGACUACACCCAAAGUACUGAUUUUAUCGAUACCUUUGGAGGGACAUACAGCCGACCUACUACCAUCUGGGUGGACGAGACAUGGAAGCAUAUCCCUGGUCCGAAAUACUUCAAGAACUUCAAGAAGAAUCGAAUAAGCGAGCCGGCUCUCGAACAUGCGAAAAUCCUCACACUAUGUGACGGUCUAGAAGAGCUGUACAUGAUUGGAGGCAAUGCGACAACCACCUACACCCGUGAUACGAACGGAGAUACGCAGUCCCCGGCCUGUGCUACCCCUGCCACUUCCUGUUCCACCCCUGGUAGCUUCCAGGAGAAAGAAGCAGCCAAUACUUGCAAAGCGUACCUUCGCGCCUUGACAAUCAACCACGGACAAACUUUGACGAAGUUGUUAUUGUGCGAUCAAUGGCCCCUUUCAGGAACGCAAAUCGGCGAACUAGUCAGCAAAUGUCCCAAGCUGGAACAGCUCGGGUUUGCACUGGACAGAGACGCAGGAGGGGCCAUGACUUUGCUUGCCCCAUUCUUCGCCAACCUCAAAGCAGUAAGAAUCUUGGCGAAUCACAACACUGCUGCAAUACUCGAAGAACCGGGCCUCGCCAGCCUGCUGGAUGGAACCAGGACCGAACCUUUGUAUUGGAAAUGCCUAAACGCCACUGUUAGGUACUGCGGAAUAGCUGAUGUUGUGCUCAAGCUUGACCCGGCUGUUCAAAUGAUGGAUGAAGAGGGGAACUAUGAAUGGCGCAACGUUGUCACUGUGGCAUCCCGUGAAGAUGUUCAGAAAUUCGAGAUUUGGAGAUUGGAUGCCCUCGAAUUGUGA